AUCAGGGUUCCGCCUCUUGUGAUAGGAAGCGCUUGUAAAAUAGUCCCGGCCAUUCAGCGCUUCCGCCUAACUUGCCGCAAAGUUUUUCUAGAGAAGUCGGUCUCUUCACCCGGCGCUUUUGCAGGCUGCGGGAGAGGACACUUCGCUUCUUAGCUUGGGCUUGCUUUCCGUCCGGGCUUUUUGAACUCUCAACUCUCCUACAUCCUAGCAGCUGGGCGGGAGCGCGGCGACAGUGUACCUCCGCGCGCCUGAGGGGCGCCGAACCCCGGAGGAAGGGGCGGAUCGGGCGCCGUGUUUGGGGCGAGACGGGGCGCGCCGCGCUCGAAGCACCCACUGAGCGGGUUCCGCGGCUGGUGGAGACAACAUGGGCGCCCCUCAGGCUGCACCCCUCGAGCUGUAGAUAUCAUCUCUUUUGAUCACUGUUCCUGAUUGUGACGUUGUCCAAGCAUUAAAUUGUGUGCCUUUUGAUCCUUGAAGAGCUGGUGCUAGCAACCCUGUGCUCUGUCUGGCCUCUGGACCCAGUUCAAAGCCGUGGAUUUGUUCCCUUUCUCCCCAGACCUCAGGCUGAGCCUUUUGUCAUCUAAAGUCUCCACCUGAUCUUCCACUCUAUUAAAGAUGAGGAAACUGAGCUGAAGGGAGGUUGAAGCUUUCCCAGUGUCAUUUUGCAGAGCUGGAACAAGAGCUUGCAUUUUCUGACUUCCAGAUUAGUGUUAUUUUUACUUCAAAUUCUUACUUCUUGGUGAGUUCAUGUGGGAAAAAUCCUGGUAUUUUUGAAGAUGUCUCAACACAGUAUUGUGUCCUAUUAAAAUUAAAAAUAAUUUCAAGAAUUUUCAGAAAAAAAGAAGAUAGUAGGACUUUCUAAAUCAUGCCGUCUGAACAGAGACAGUUAUUUUUUGAUGAAAAGCAAACUACUUUUCAAAAAGAUUAUGAUGUGACAAAUGAGAUAGUUGAUACUACCAAAUCAGUACCUAAGCCAAAAAUUUCAGAAAGUAAUUUUCAUUGUGAACUGAAGAAUGUGAAAAUUCAUUUGCCGAAAGUAAAUAUUCCAAAUAAAGUCCUAUUGAAACAUGAAGUUGACAAAUACAGAAAGUUAUUCCAGAGUAAACCACAGACUGCAAGAAAAUCUAUUAGUUUAAAGACCAUUAGCUGUGUAGAGGAGUAUAUUUUGCUUCACAAGUCCGAGAGAGCUGAAGAAGAGGGUGUCAAAAUGUCUGCAAAAAUACUCAAUUUCAACUGUUCACAAUGCCAAGAUAGCACUCGAUAUAGCCCAAAUGAUUUGCAGAAACACUUUCAAAUGUGGCACCGUGGUGAAUUACCUUCCUAUCCUUGUGAAAUGUGUAGUUUUUCAGCAAGUGACUUCCAGGUAUUUAAACAACACCGAAGAACCCACAGGAGCACUUUAGUAAAAUGUGACAUUUGUAACAAUGAGAACGUAUAUACUUUAUUGGACUUGAUAAAGCAUUUCACAUCCACACAUUGUGUUAAUGGUAGUUUUCAAUGUGAAAAGUGCAAAUUCUCUACCCUUGAUGUGGGCACAUUUGUUCAGCAUAUUCAUAGACACAAUGAAAUCCGUUAUAAAUGCGGUAAAUGCCAUCAUGUGUGUUUUACCAAAGGAGAGCUUCAGAAACACCUUCAUCUUCAUUCUGGUACUUUUCCCUAUGCUUGUCAGUGUUGCAGUUACGGUGCCACCAGGAGAGAGUACCUUAUAACUUUGCACAAGGAACAUUUAUAUGCAAAAGAAAAACUGGAAAAAGACAAAUAUGAGAAAAGGAUGUCUAAGACUUCAGCAGGACUUAAGCUAAUAUUGAAAAGAUACAAAAUAGGCACAUCCCGGAAGACAUUGUGGAAACGUAAGAAAAUUGGCAGUGGAAGUGACAGAAGUGUAGGAAAAAACACUCAGGUGCUUUCAGAAAUGAACAAAACACAAACUGUAUCUGAAAAUCAGAGCCAUCUUGUUCAAGAGCAUUUGAAGGAAGACAAGGAUGAAAGGCUACCCUGUGAGAAUAAUGAUAAGCCCACUGAGUUAGAGUUGGAAAAGCCAGCUCUCCUAUCCACUGGGCAGUGUCAUAGAACUGAAGAGGGGUCACUGGCUACUUCAGGUUUCUUGAAUACUGCUGUCCAAGGACCUACAUUGUUAAUGGUGAAAAAUAAUAAAAUAACAGUUCCUGCUAACUUUAAUGCUAAAUUUAUGGGCUUCAAGAUGGUGGAUGGAAAACAGCAUAUUGUAAUAAAAUUGUUGCCUACCAAUAAACAGAAUUUAUAUCCUCCAGGCUUACAGAUGGAUGCUGCAAAAGACAGUAAUGCUAAUUUGCAGCCUCAGACUGUGGACACCACUGGGUUUUUAACAGGAAUAACUACUGAGUUAAGUGACACAGUUGUUAUGAAAACCACCCCAGUUUUAUGUUCAUCUCCUAUACCUUCAGGGAAUGUAACUUCAGAAAAAGAAACAGGUUUCAUGUCUCAGAGGAAUAACAUGUUUCAAACAAUGGAUUUUGAAAAAAGUAUGUCUUCCUUGCCAGCAACAUCAGAGUUGGUUACAGCAUCAGUGAAUUUGACCACAAAAGUUGAAACAAGAGAUAAUGUUGAUAUGUGGGAAAACUCUGCCACUCAAAGUCACUCUGAAGUGUUAGAUACUGCCAGUAAAAGUCCAGAUAAAGUCAGCUCUACCGCCAAACCAAAUACAUAUAACAAUGGAGAUAUGCAUAACUAUUGCGUUAAUCACUUCAACCCUGAGUUAACUGUUGAGUGCUCCAAGCGAGGAUCAUUACCUUUUCAUAAUUACUCAAAAAUGAAUAACACUAUAAAACGUCGUAGGUUUUCAAGAAUAGUAAUGUGUGAAAACCCUCAAAGAGAGCCUUCAUCAAGCAAAACAGUUGUUCAACAACCCAUUAGUGAAUCAGUUUUAUCACUAGUGAGGAAGGAGAGCUCAAAGCCAGAUAGUUUUUUACCAUCUGUUAGCCUUUUAAAUGAUAAAGAUGGAACCUUAAAAACAAAAGCUGACACUGAAGAAGAGUGUGUUUUAGAAAAAGGGCAAAACAGUGAUGAAGAAAACCUGUACACUAAUGAAAAUCAAAAUGUAGAGAAUGUGGCUGAACAGUCCAAGUGGGAAGAUAUUUCUAGUGUUGAUACACCUAUGAUGCCUAGGAUCACAUCUGUUUUCUCUCUCCAGAGCCAACAGGCAUCAGAAUUUUUGCCACCUGAAGUAAACCAAUUACUUCAAGAUGAAUUAAAAGCAAAACCAGAUAUAAAACAAAAUUCUAACAGUACAAAUACAGGCGUGCCACAUCAUUGUGACCAGUUAUUUCAAAAACUCGAGGGAGAAGUCAAACCAGUUGAAUCUUCAAAUGAAUUCAAAGUACCGGACAUCUUCCCAGUUACAUCUGGCAGUGUGGGUAUUAAUGUGCCUGCAAAUGAUCUGAAUGUGAAGUAUAAUGGAAAAGAAAAACAAGUGUUACAAGAUUUGAGAGAUUCAGAAAAGUUGCCUAGAAUUUCAAGUAUUGGCGCAUUGCUCAAGACUCAGUCAGAUGCAAUAAUAACCCAGCAGCUUGUAAAGGACAAACUACGAGCCACCACACAAAAUGUAAGUUCUUUAUAUGUGCAGAGCCCACUUACAAACUCAGAACCAAAAAAAGCUAUAUUUGUUCAGACUCCAAAAGGUUUGUUUAUACCAUUGCAUGUUGCUAGCAAGCCUGGAUUACACGUAGUAUCAGGAAGACCACUUCCACUGGUUAAUACACAAAGUAUUCCUGCUUCUCUUCUUUUAAACAAGAAACCUGGGAUGAUUUUAACAUUUAAUAGUGGGAAAUGUGAAGGGCUUCCCACCGUCAAAACUGAGAAUGCUCAGGCUUGUGGAACUUUGACAAAGGAGCCUUGCAAAACACCUCUAUUAAAAGUAGAACAAAACAGUAAUUGUCUCACACCUGCACUUUGUUCCAGCAUUGGCAGUUGUUUGAGUAUGAAAAGUAGCUCAGAAAAUACUUUGCCACUGAAAGGCCCUUAUGUUAUUAAAACACCAGCAAGUUCUUCAGUGAAAACAGUUCCUACUCCUAAUAGAAUAUCCGAGCAUCAAGGCACAAAGUUGAAUAUCUUGGAUCCAGUAAAACAGCAGAAUGAAAUUUUUCCCAAACAACCUCUUUAUACCCUCUUGCCUGAUGGCAAACAAGCUGUUUUUUUAAAGUGUGUGAUGCCAAAUAAAACUGAGCUGCUUAAGCCUAAAUUAGUCCAAAAUAGUACUUAUUAUCAAAAUAUACAGCCAAAGAAACCUGAAGGAACACCACAAAAAAUACUGCUGAAAAUUUUUAACCCUAUUUUAAAUGUGACUGCUGCUAAUAAUGUUUCAGUAAGUAACUCUGCAUCCUCAUUGCAGAAAGACAAUGUGUCAUCUACUCAGACGAUAGGAGAAGAGCAGAAAGAGCCAGAAUCUCCUAGAGAUGCCUUACCCCUCUUAGUAGAUGAUUUGAUGCCAGCAAAUGAAAUUGUGAUAACUUCUUCUACAACAUGCCCAGAAUCUGCUGAGGAACCAGUAUGUAUGAGUAACUCUUCAGAGGCCAGAGUAUUAAGGUGUAAAACAAAGUAUACAGUUGAGAGAAGCUUCAGCAGAAGAAAGACUUCCAAAAAGAAUUUUUCAGAAAUAAAAACUCAUGUAAGUAGUAAAGGUUCUGAAACUGUCUUUGUAUCUAGAAACAGAAACUGUAAACGCAAGUGUAGGGAUAGUUACCAGGAACCUCCAAGAAAAAAAUCAACACUGCACAGAAAAUGUAAAGAAAAAACCAAACCUGAAGAUGUCCAUGACGCAUUGGGAUUUACUAGACCUAGGCUUUCAAAAGAUUCCAUCAGAACUCUGCGACUUUUCCCUUUUAGUUCCAGACAGCUUGUGAAAUGUCCUAGGAGAAACCAACCGGUUGUAGUUUUGAAUCAUCCUGAUGCAGAUGCUCCAGAAGUAGCAAAUGUAAUGAAAACUGUUGCUAAAUUUAAUGGACAUGUACUUAAGGUUUCAUUGUCAAAAAGAACUAUGGAUGCUUUACUGAAACCAGUUUGUUGUAACCCUUCUGAAACAACUUCCGAUGACUUUUCCAGGAGGCACAGAACAUUUAAGCCUGUUAGUUCAGUGAAAGAAAGAUUCGUGCUAAAAUUAACACUCAAAAAGACAAGCAAAAACAAUUAUCAGAUUGUGAAAACUACCUCUGAAAACGUUUUGAAGGCUAAAUUUAACUGUUGGUUUUGUGGUAGAGUAUUUGACAAUCAGGAUGCUUGGGCUGGUCAUGGGCAGAGACAUUUAAUGGAAGCCACUCGGGAUUGGAAUAUGUUAGAAGGAAACUAGUAUUACCUUAGAAAAUAACAGUGGGUUGAAUUACUACAAUGCAGGCAUUUUCUACUUCAACAUAAUACCUGAAAUUAAGCUUUUUAAAAGUCGGUUAUGUUUCUGUGGAAAAGCAAAAGUUUUGUGUAUAUUACUUGAAAAUGCUGUCACUGCACACAUACAUUUUGAAAGAAACUAAUCACAGCACAGAUGUACUUUGAUGCAAUUUUUGAAGAUGUGUUCUUGGAAGUUAGAGCUAAAAAAAUUUUUGAUGAAGGUUUUCUCUGUUUAGUUCUUCAGUGACUUUUAGUAGAGGCUAAUGGGUGACAGCCCCAUUCCCUCUCUCCUUCCACCAGCCUUACAAAUCUGAAAUAUAUAGCUCCUCUGAAGACAGAUAGCUCUUUUGGAUGGAGCUGAAGGAGUUUCUCAUCAUUUGUGAAGGUGGAGAGCUUGGGUAAAGAAUUUGCUCCAUGUCUGCUAACUACAGUUCUUUUGAAGGGUCUUGGGUUCCUUUAAAAGUACAUUUAACCCACUACGGUUAUAUCUUGCUUGAAGAGUUCUUGACAAGUCAACCUUUUAUUCCUGUUAAGAUCGAACCCAUAUCAGAGAUUGAAACACCCUCCCCAGGUGAUUUUCUUUCUCUAAAUGGCUAUGUCAAGUAUUGCAGUACAUGGAUAGCCUUAAGAGAAGAGUUGAACUCUUUGUUUAAAGUCCAAUUCAAGAACUUCAACAUUUUUUCUGAAUUUAAUUAUAUUUUCCAGUGACCGCCUCUUGCACAGAACUGUGCUUAUUUGAUUUAAAUUGUUCCCCAUAAGCCCAGUGUUUGUUUUUUUUUCUUUUUUUGUCAUCCCUUUAAAAAGUAGAACAUUGAAGCACUUCCAAGGGAAUGACUUUUCUUGAAAAUAAAAAAUUUCUUCUGCAGAGUAAUAUUUUGCAGCAAGAUGAGCAAAGCAAAUCAUAUUUUGGUCUGUGUUUAAUUGCUGUUAUUAUCUAAAUGUCCAAAUGAAGACAAAAUGUUUUUGUUGCAACUUUAAGUCUUAACUGACAACCCAAAGCAGAUACAUACUGAUUGUUGGCAUUUGAAAAUGGGGAAGGAAGCAUAACAGGGAACUCAGGCAGUACAUGAAACCUGAAGACAAUUCCUAAGGGACAUGCCCAGUAGAGUUUCAAAAUGAACAUUUUCAUGACAACAACAGAAUCACAGAUUUAAACUUUUCACCUUGCAAGUUUAGAUCAAAUUUUGUUGGAUCAUUGAAUAAUGGAGUUCUCUCAUUACAAAAUUACAGAUAUUACAUAAUUAUUUGAUUACAUUGUUACUUCAAGUGUUAAGGACAUUUCCAUUGAUUGUAUGAAAACUUCAGGGCUUCUUUUUUGUAUAUAACAAAUCUGUACAUAUUUUUGUAUCUUUGAGUUAUGUAAAUUUUGCACAGAGUUUUUGACAUAAAAAGUUUAUUUUCUUUCAGUUUAGUUCAGUGCAUGCAUUAAUAAAACUGGUUGUUUAAUUUAAAAGGAAUAUGUGAAACUUUACCCAUAUUUUAUUGGUUUUAUUUCAGAUGUAGAUUUUUUUGAGAUAAAUUCAUUUUCAGGGAUUGAACACUAUUGUUAGCAAGUGCCUACUAAAGAUGUGAAACAGUUUACAUAUGUCAACUGUAACAGUAGGUCCCAAAUGGGCCCAUUCCCUUAAGAGUUUUAUUUUAAAGAAAGCCAUACAUAGAUGCUUCAAGCUAUCUUGCUAUGCACAUUAUACUUGUACUGUUUUUUGUGCAGUUUAUCUACUUUCUUAGUGAAGUAUUUUUUGUAUAAAACCUGUUAAAAUUGUGUUUCUUAAAUUGAGCCUAAGAAUGGAGUUGAUUGGAAAUAUAUGGUAUAUAUUAAUAAUGUAUAUGGUGUUUAAAGAUGGUAAGCAUUGUUAAUUUUAUUGUUUAUUGUUAAAGAACAUUUUCUCCAAUUAAAUUUAUCUUGAAUUUGUGUUUA